CUCACCGUUUACCAUCGGUCUUCUCAGGUGGCCGAUAUUAACGCUCUGUAUGUUACCGCGGUCAGCGGUGAUCUUGCGUGGUCUUUCUUUCUUGAAGACCAUCAUUCCACAUCCAUUCCUGAUUUGCCUGCGUCUUUCGUCAUAGAGGCUCCCCGACUUCCUUCAGCCUUUGUUUCGAAGAAGCGUACCUGUCCUGAUUCUGUCAGUCUCCUUCUGUUGUACUUCUGUCGUUUACGCGCCGAGUCGGGUGCUAUGUCAUUGGAUGGACUUUCUUCAUGUGUGCUCGGCGUGAACUGCCUUGCCCUGUGUGGCUGUCAAAUAAACUCUUUCGGAUGUGGUCCUUCCUUCUGGUUGUGUCCGUCUAUUUUAUCUGUGUGUAUGGAGCUGAGGUUGCUAUGGUCCUUUGUUCCCUUCCGGGCUGUUACGCAUGUAACUCGCUCGAUUGUUGUCGUAUCCUGUGGUCUGCCCUUUCGAUCAAGUCUCUUGGUUAUCACCCGUGCACACCAUCUAUCGACAUGUUAUUGCAGCGCAUCCGUCAUCUACCUUUCGAAGGUGGCCCCGUCUUAAAUGCUCGGUUUCGCGCUAAGACCAGGACGGUCUGGCUUACCGCAUCCGUGAAUGCGCUAUGUGUUUGCAGGCCAUAUGUUCUAGCGUCGUGCAUCAUGGCUAUGAGGUCUUAUUCAUCAACGAUGAAGUACUAGGGCUGGCUUUGGCUAGGUUCGGAAAUAAGGACCACUGAAGCGCUGA